GUUGCGAGAAGGCAGCUGGCGCACAGGUGCGGCAUGCAUGGGCUGCGAGGCUCGGCUCCGUCCAGGCUGCGGGGCAAUCCUUGCUCCGGUGCGGCACCGCACAUGGUUCAGCCUCCUUGCAGACGAGGACGUCGCCAAGAAUUCUCCAACUUUCUGUGGAAGGGAAACCACUUCUCUAUUUUUACCAACGGCUGAAAUUUACGAAACUUCCUAGUGGUUUCAUGAAAGGGUCUUCUCUCCCUCCUGUAUAUCUUUACCUUCAGACAGAUAAUGCCGUGACAAGCGGGAGUUCUCAGUAUCUGGCCUCUUUGGUCCCACCAGGGCUUUACAGCAAGGUGAUAUGUGGACUUUCUGGGUCUUUGGUGUGGCCUGGAUGCUGGUUGGGCAGGUCAGGGCUGACAGAGCCUUCAUCGGACCAUGGGAGCCCAUGACCCCAGCCCCUCUCUGUUUGGAGAUCACGGAGCAACCCAACAAUACCCAGUACUCUGGACGCAGCGUGGAUUGCAGGGAGGUGAAGAAACAGAACGUCUCCGAGCGCUGCUCCUUCAUUCGAAGUAACCCAGACUGCCGGAUGGACGGUGGGUUUCUCAACUACCUCAAUGGAAUCUUCUGCGUCUUCCCAGCAGAUCUACAACCUGUUGCAGUCACUCUCUAUAUUCUGUGGCUCUUCUACCUGUUUCUUAUCCUUGGCGUCACAGCUGAGAAAUUUUUCUGUCCCAAUUUAUCUGCAAUUUCCACCAAGUUGAAGUUGGCCCACAAUGUAGCAGGUGUUACCUUUCUAGCCUUUGGGAAUGGCGCACCAGAUGUCUUCAGUGCCGUAGUGGCAUUCUCCGACCCACGGACAGCUGGCCUAGCCAUCGGAGCCCUCUUUGGUGCUGGCAUCUUCGUCACCACCAUAGUGGCUGGAGGUAUAGCCAUGGUGAGACCUUUCACCACAGCUUCCAGGCCGUUCCUCAGGGAUGCCAUCUUCUAUAUGGUGGCGGUGUUUUUGACUUUCGUGGCUCUCUACUUUGAGCAGGUCACCCUGGCAGAAGCUCUGAGUUACAUUGGGCUGUACGUCUUCUACGUCUUGACAGUGGUGGUCUCUACAUGGCUUCACAAAAGGCAGCACAGGGAGAGGCUGCUUCCUUCCACUCCUGCGGAGCCAGAACUUCCUAGAGACUCUGAAGAUGGGGAUUCCUCAAGCUUCAAUGGAGGAGACUAUAGGGAAGAAUACCAGCCCUUGCUGCCCUCGGAAGAGAGUACCCUACAGAUCCUGACACACUCCAUGAACCCCCUGGAUUACAGGAAGUGGAGGAGGAAACCCUGCUACUGGCGUGUCCUCAAGGUCUUUAAGUUGCCAGUGGAGGUGCUACUGCUGCUGACAGUCCCGGUCGUGGACCCUGACAGGGAGGACCAAAACUGGAAACGACCUCUGAACUGCCUGCACUUGGUCACUGCCCCCCUUAUUUGUAUCAUCACACUGAAGUCUGGUGAAUAUGGCUUUCAUAAGAUCCAGGAUGUCUUCCCAGUGUGGGGUGUGGUGGCCCUAGCCGGGGCCCUCUUGGCUGUGAUAGUCUUCUGCACUACAAAGAAUGAGGAACCACCCCGAUACCACAUUGUUUUUGCUUUCCUGGGUUUCCUGGUCAGCGCCAUGUGGAUCAAUGCUGCUGCCACAGAAGUGGUGAACAUCUUGAGGACUUUGGGUGUUAUUUUCCGUCUGAGCAACACGGUCCUUGGACUGACGUUGCUGGCUUGGGGAAACAGCAUAGGGGACACUUUCUCAGACCUCACCAUGGCUCGGCAAGGAUACCCCCGCAUGGCCUUUUCGGCUUGCUUUGGAGGCAUCAUCUUCAAUAUGCUUGUUGGAGUUGGACUUGGUUGCCUGCUGCAGAUGACAAACACCAAACUGGUAGUGAAGCUGGAACCAGAUAGCCUCCUGGUGUGGAUCUUGGCCGGAGCGCUGGGUCUCAGCUUAGUGUUCUCGUUCAUUGCGGUGCCUGCCCAGUGCUUCCGCCUGAGCCGAGGAUAUGGCUGUUGCCUCAUCGUCUACUACCUGGCAUUCUUGACGGUUGCGCUGCUGACGGAGUUCAAGGUGAUCCGGCUGUCCACCUUCUCCUAAACAGGACUCUUGCCUUGGAUACUGCCACAAGACAAGCCGAUGACAGGCCCACUCUUGACCAGGAUGCCUACUGGACAGUGCCUUGAAGCAGAAAGCGGCCUGUUUUGCUGGCAAAUGUGGAACAGGCCUUCUGAUCACAACUGCUCAUUGCCACUGAGGGAAGGAGACGGCUCUGAAUCUCCAAAAAGCCACCAUGAAGUUACUGUGGGAUGAAAACUUCACCCUGUUUGCUGCUUUGUUGUGGCUUUUAGGAUCUGGGGUGAAGGGGCGAAAUUGUGCCCGAAAGCCCUGUGGAAGUUGACAAGCCUUGAUCAGUAUUUUAAAUCAAAAGACGUUGUUUUAGAUUUGGAAUGUUACUCUGUUUUUUGUUCCAUAAAUUGUUUUUACAAAAAGAUUUGAGAGGAGUUUGCUAAACAUGGGUUUUCGAUCCCCUUUUUAACAAGCUAGAGCGUUGUAAACCGCAAGAUGUUUCAGAGGGUUGAAAGUGGCAGGGCUUCUAUGAACUUCCAUGCUCUCAAAAACCAGCCUUGCAGAGAGAACAAAUUAAAAGGCACUUUCAAAUCCUUUGGG